CCUCCUUCUCCCUGAAUCUUUGAUACAAACAGGUUAAAGAUUCUUUAGUUUAUCCUAUUGUGGCAUCGACCAUCCAAGAAUACUCAACAAGUAUAAGUAGCAUGAUCUCAAUGUUGUAGUAGUUAUCGGGACCACAGCACGGCAGCCGGCGAGAUCUGGUUCCCAAGGAGAUCAAAAUGGCAGUAGUGCACGUUCGGGUGUUGUCCAAGCGGGCCAUGACUGCGCAGAACCGCGUCUUCAUCGAGGGGCUGGCACAGACCGAAGACAACGACGUCGAACAGCGCACGCCGAUCAAGCUGGUCCAUCUUUCUAUACUUUUCGACGCAAUAAGUUGUAAGGAUGGCGAGGAUGAUUUGCGAACUACUGAGGUGCGUGGGAGCGUAAAGAGACUGCAGUGUUUUUUUUCGGCUAUCCAGCGCGGGGACGUGUUGCAUGUUGAUGGUACAACCGCAAAGCAUUGCUUGAAGACGGGCGGGGAGGGUGUCGGCUCAGCCUUAGCUUGUUCUGCGACUCAGAUGAACCUGCUGAUCGACGAACAACAAGUAGUAGAAAAAAGCGAGCAAAGCGGGAGGGUCAAGGAGAAGCAACUCCGGACAGCUGCAGAGCCACUGCAACAAGGCUACAACGCUGAAGGGAAGAGCGACAAGCACAACCAGCACGACAUUAUACAAGCUGGCUCUAAAAGUAAAACUAAAAGCCAGCGUCCGAUGCGGCCCGCGCUCGACCUUGAGGUACAUUCUGUGGGCGUGGAGGUACUGGAAAAGUGGAACGAUGGAAUGUUCCGGGACGGCAAAGGAAGUGCCAGCGCCAUGUUCCACCCACCGAAUGUGCAAGCGGCGCUGCAGCAACUGGACGGAGAAGAAGGAGCCGGCUCGUCUGUGUGCGAAACCGGGGCCAUCCUUCAGUGUCUGGGAGACUGCACUUCGCGCCUUCUUGAGUUUCUGAACAACUUCGAUGAGAUGCAUCAGCGAGGGGAAAGAGCGAGCGUUGCAGCGCAGCUCAACCAGGAUCGGUUGAUUCACGUGCCGGUUUCGAAUUGGUUUUGGUGCCAAGUGUUGGGACCUCUGCAUAAUGUGUUGAUGCAUGCAGCCGCGAAGCAGAUACCACGGGUAAUGCGGCAGCGACUGGUAGAGCAUAUGUUCCCCUGCUAUUUGCGUUCGGUAGUGCGGCGGGUGUAUUUUUUGAAUCGGUUAGAAGAUGCUGACAGCGACAGCUGUUAUGGAGGUGCCGCGCCAAUGCCGAAAGCGGCCGUGUCGCUCCGGACAGCUCAGCGAUAUUUGCUAGCUCAGCAAGAGCAGAACGAGAGACAGAGACAUUCGACGAAGGGGCUUGAUGCUGGUGCGGCGAGCCCUGGUGCAACGGGCAAUGGCUUGGUGGCGUUUCCGCGGUCUUUCGAACGGUCGUUGUGCGAGGAUUAUAGUCGUCGAAGUGGCGGCACUGCGCUAGUGGAUGUGUGUGUCUAUGCCGACGGAUUAUUCUGGUUUGGAUGGAACCAGCCAUGGUUUAACCUGUCCGAGCGCGAAAACGGGACUGCACCGUGUACCGCAGCCUGGAAGCUGCAGGAGUCGAUUUGGCGGCGUCUUGUCCCAACCUCGGUCGACAGUCUGCUCUAUCACAGCGGGACUGCAAGGUCGGGAGAAGCUCCUAUGUCUCACAAAUCAUGGAACGAUGCGCCUCCUGACCUCCAAGACGUGAUGCGAGAAGUCGGCUUGUCCUUGGAUAUGUCUGCAGGCGCAGGCUUGCUUGAAAGCCCGGCUCUUCGAUCUGGCAGUGAGGUGGGCAAUGCUGGGCGUAGGUGCAAUAAUUGCGAACAUGAACUACAAGAACAUCAGGACCAAGAUUCCGGAGUAGUAGUUAUGAGAGCGUCAGGUUUUACUAAAUCGACUCCAGUACAGAUACAGUAUUCCACGUUUGGUUACGCCAGUAAACGAUCAGGACGCGCUCCUGAUCCAGGUGAUGAUUAGUGAAAGUGAUUUUCUUCAGCUAAAUUCAUAUGUCUGAAUAAGUAACACCUGUUCCGAUUAAGUACAGCCUGACACGCUCAUACUACUGCAGAAAGAUAUGGAACAAGAGGAACACCUCGUGGCUCUCGAUGUCGGAGCAGCACCCGGAGGAUGGAGCCACGUUUUGGGAAAAGUAUUCGUCAACAGCCCACACAAGAAACUGGUGGUUCUCGCAGUCGAUCCGGCGGCACUAGACCCGAGCGUCUUGGCACAGUCAGGCGAAAAAAUUUUGCACAUCAAAGACAAGGCGGAAAACCUCUUCGACCGAGCGAAGUUGCUAAUGUCAGGCACAUACUGCAGUUCGGGCCUUAUGAGUUCUUCUCGGUCACUAUGUUCCACGAUGUCUACGGCAGACGACGUUGCCACGCAGAUGUCAGGGUCGCCGCCGGCCGGCGACGUGAAUGACUUUUCGGGAAGCCCGAGUCAGGUGGCACGUGGCGAGGAAUUGACUGCUCUCUUCGAACGCGGCACGAGUCUGGGGGAGCCAGAAAAUGUUACUCACAGGUGCCGCAAAGAUGAUAAUGACGAUGAGACGAGUAGCUUUGAUGCCGAAGAUGAAUUGGAGCAAAAAGGCGAUUUUGAAGCUCACAUAGGAAGCAAGAGGUCCUCUUCGUCUUCCGUCGCUGCUCGAGUUCAGCAGGUGAGCAGCCAUGAUUGCGAAGGGGCAAAUCUGCUGCGGAGAAAGAGCUGCGUGCUGUACGUGUGCGACGCCAAUUGUGAGCCUGAAAAAGCACUAGACUUACUCGAGCAAGCACGUCCUUUUUUUCAUCCAGCGUAUGGCUGUUGCUUUGUGCUCACCAUAAAAAUCCGUUGCAGUCAGUCUCGUUUCGCUCUCCGCAAGAAAGCUUUGCUGGAGCGAAUGCAGAGGCUUACCAAGAAUAACGACCUCGCGCAGAUGGAAGGCAUGAUGACGAAAAGCUGCGAGAGAACUGGGAGUUACCGUGGCAAACCACAAACUCAGGGAUGGUAUGCUGAGCAUCAUCUUUUCGCGAAUACGAAGCACGAAACGACGAUCGUAGGAAAGAUCUUUCCGCUUUGAUGCAACUUUUCCGUAAGUGCGAUAUGCAGCUUAGUGUAAAUAUCAUUCUUGUAUAUUGAUUGACACUGGAAAUUUG